GCCAUGAGUGCGUGCAGCAGGAAGGCCCUGACUUUGCUGAGCAGCGUCUUUGCAAUCAGCGGCCUGGGGCUGCUGGGAGUGGCAGUAAGCACGGACUACUGGCUCUACCUGGAGGAGGGAGUCAUCAUGCCUCUGAACCAGAGCACUGACAUCAAGACCUCGCUGCACUCUGGCCUCUGGAGAGUCUGCUUUCUGGCUGGUGAAGAGUCAGGCCGCUGCUUCACCAUCGAGUACAUCAUGCCAAUGAAUGUCCAGCUGACGUCAGAGUCCACAGUAAACGUGCUCAAAAUGAUUCGCUCAGCCACUCCGUUCCCUCUGGUCAGCCUCUUUUUCAUGUUCAUCGGUUUUGUCCUCAACAACAUCGGCCACGUCCGUCCUCACCGCACUAUCCUGGCAUUUGUCUCCGGAAUCUUCUUCAUCCUCUCAGGUCUGGCUCUUGUGGUGGGGCUGGUGCUCUACAUUUCUAGUAUAAAUGAUGAAAUGCUGAACAGGACAAAGAGCAGUGAGGCCUAUUUUUCCUAUAAGUACGGCUGGUCUUUUGCCUUUGCUGCCCUCUCCUUCCUGCUCACUGAGAGUGCAGGUGUCAUGUCAGUCUACCUGUUCAUGAAGCGCUACGCAGCAGAGGAGAUGUACCAGCCCCGUCACCCCAGCUUCUAUCGCCCUCGCCUCAGCAACUGCUCCGACCACUCCGGUCAGUUCCUCCACCCAGAGGCCUGGUCGCGUGGACGGAGCCCCUCGGACAUCUCGAGCGAAGCUUCCCUCCAGAUGAGCGCCAGCUACCCUGCUCUCCUCAAAUGUCCCGACUAUGAUCAGGUGUCAUCCUCACCCUGCUGAGGGGUUUGUCAUCAGAGCCGAGGCCACCUAACGGUUACUAAAGGGUCACAGAAGCAUCAACAAAAGGCCAGAUGAGUUUAAGAUAGAAGGUUGAUAUUUAGCUGUGAGGUUGCACCAUUAUGAUCGUGCUCUAGGGAUUUGGAAACCAGUCAUUUUGAGCAAGUUGGGGUUCUUUUUUUUUAUCAGGUCAGGAAAGCUUUUCUGGGAAUUUGUUGUAGCAGAAACUACAGUUUUUUUUUUUUUUUUUUGCAGGUUAAGUCAAAAUUUGCAUAUUUUAGAAGAACCCAUACAUGGUUAUUGUAUUAUUGUUCCUGCAAAGAUCCCAAAACAUUUAAAUUUGAUUGUUUGUUCAUUUUUUUAUCUUCAGAAGGUAAACUAUAAUUUACCUACCUUUAACUGCAUUUUAACUGUACCUGUGCUUUUUAUGUUGCAGCGCCUCAAAGCUGUUUCUUUGCUUCUUUCUGUGAUUUAAAUGAAUGUUUUCUUUUUUUUUGGGGGG